AUGAAACAUAGGAGUUGCAGGGAGUUAAGAAGCAACGUCAAUGGCUUCGAAGAAGACGAUGAAAUGAAGAAACUUGAUUCUGAUACUGCUCCUAAAAGACUCACCUUGAACGAAAAUAAAACACCCAUCAAAGAAACUUUCGUUAUUCUAAGAAUUGAAUUGACACAGAAUCAGAUACCACAUUCUCUGGCAAGAACAUGGAUUUCGAGAGAAGAGGGUACGAAGGUUUUUUCUAAAUACAUGGGAACAAAAGGGGAAGAUUCUCACGAUUCAUGGGUGUCGAAGACGCACAAAGCGGUGAAGAAAGCUAACAAUUCUGUCAUUGGGUACGUGAGUUCCAAGUCUCACUGGGCGUUGUCUCAUGGCCACAUUAGCCUGAGGUCACCUCAACCCAAAAGUGUGGAGAAGAUUGUGAGCAAGGGCAUUGAUCUCUUCAGACACAAGAAACCUUUAAAUAUUGAGUUGGUUCAUCAACUACGUUUGCUUGAUAAUCGUUUCAUCCAAUGGCGGUUUGCAAAUGCAAGAGCUUGUGCUGUGAAUCACACCAUUUUCCUUCAAGUUUGGGGCAAUUUCAUAUGUUCUUUGAAUAGUCAAGCCAAACUGCGAUAUUCAAUGGUACUAACGAAGAUAGAAAUUGAGAGAGAGAAGCUUGAGAUGAAACUGGAUGGUAUACUGCAAUCUCAACUAUUGAAAACAUGGAGAAGUAUGAAAAGGCAAUAUGUAGCUGCAAUCACCUUAUUGCAAGAAUGUUUGUAUUCUGUUGCAUGCAGAGUUCAUCUUUUGGAAGGU